AUGACAGAUCCAAGGAAAAGGAAAGCACGUCAUUUACUAAAACCAGAAAAUCUAUCAACGUCAAUUCAAAUAACUAAUUUCCCUAAUGAGUGGGAGCAAGACAUUAUCACAUCAAUAAUUGCAGGAUCUGGUCCAAUUAUUGAAAUAAUACCAAAGACAGAUCCAAGAACAGGUAAAUUAACUUCAAUAAAUUAUGAUUAUAAGACAAAUAAAGAUUGUGAAAGAGCUUAUAAUACUCUUUCACAAAUUAAUGGAUUACCAUUCCAAAUGGAAAAAGUAAUAUCAUCUAAUUAUAAAGAGAAAUUAUCUCAAUCGUAUACAAACGUAGAGGAAUUGAAAUUAAAUAGAGACAAAUUCCCAUGGGAGAUGAACCUUGACUUGCCAUUUGAUAUGAUCACUGAAGUACCUUUACCAAGAAGGCCAUUGAUGACAAACAAACAAUCACAACAACAGCAACAACAACAAAAUUAUUCAACUAAUAGCAUAGGAAAUAAUGAUUCUCAAAUGAAUAGAAAUACUAGCAAACCACUCAGCGACAAUAAUACUCAAGAUACAUUCCCAGAUAUCUUAAGUAAGGCAUCUAAACAUUUACCAGAAUUAAUUGAUGGUUCAUUAAGUAUAAAAGACGAAGUAUCAAAUAAUUUAAGUAAGAUACCACCAUUACAAUUGAUUGAAAUAAUAUCGAAUUUAAAGAUCUUGUCAACUCAAGAUUCAAUUAAUAGAUCAUCACAAAUUGAAACAUUCCUAAAAUCAAAUAGUAAUUUAACCUUAGCAAUAUCACAAGCUUUACUAGAAAUGGGGCUAAUUAACUAUAAUGUGAUCAAUAAAGUGCUUGAAAGAAGAUCCAAUCAACUAAGAAUAAACAGUAGCUCAACUACAAGUACUGUAAAUAAUAAUAAUAACAAUAAUAAUAAUUCUAGCUCUGAAUCAAGUACAUCUGCUACUCCAAUGUUAAAUAUGAAUACACAACAACCGCCAAUGAAUAUGAAUAUUCCAAUGGGUAUGGGUAUGGGGAUGCCUAUGCCUGUGCCUAUGCCGAUGAAUCCAUCGGUUACUCCACCAACUCUUGGUAAUACAAAUAUAAAUGUUCUGCCACAACAGCAGCAACCACAACAACCUCAGCACCAACCUGUACAGAUGAAUGCUAACGUACAUAUGGGGAUGGUACCACCACAACCUCCUAUGAAUAUGGGUAUGCCACAACGACAGCCGGUAGCAGCACAACAACAACAACAGCAGCAGCAGCAGCAACAGUCUCAUCCUCCUGUAUUUAUACCGCCGCAAUUUCAAGCACCACCAUUACAGAAUUCACCACCUCCAUUAUUUCCUCCCGCUCCUCCCGUGGCGCAACCACAACCUCCUCGUCCAAUUAUUAAAGAAACGUAUGAUGAUAAUAUCAAUUAUAUCAAAUUGAAACAGUUACCUGAGAAUCAGCAAGAAAUGAUUAAACAAGUAUUGAGUUUAUCAAAGGAUCAAAUCAAGCUAUUACCCAACGAUCAACAGUCAAUGGUUAAUAAUUUUAGAACUGAGUACUUGUAUGAAGCGUAG